AUGGCCCGCAGAAGUCAGCGAGACGGGCUGGGUAGCGGUAGCUAUGCACCCAGAUACCGUGCAAGUGGGACCAGCGUAACCCCCACCGUACCCGCAGUGGGGCAGCGAGGUGGAUUGCAGGGAUCCAAUUCGGGUGGCUCGUGGGCAGACCGAAGAGGGAAUCUGCUGCUGCUGCUGUCUGCACUUAUCUGGCUCAGGAACGAGCGUAGCAGGUUCGCCCCAGAGGUCAGCAGAUGUUCCGAUAAGUCAGCUGAGGCACAGGACUUCAUUAUUCAGCUCAGCUGCUGCAAAGGGAUGUGGGAUAUUAUUGCUUGCUGGCCAUCAGCCAAAGUUGGAGAACAUGUGGUUAUUCCAUGUCCAAAUUACUUCAGAUACUUCUCUGAUCUUCAUGAGGGUAACCUCUCAAAGACCUGCACUGCUGAUGGCUGGACCGAGAUGGACCCAAUGGAAAUCGCAGUGCAUUGUGGCUAUAACCUGAAUGGCACUGUUGACGAUGAUAGUUUCUUUAGGUCGGUGAAGAUCGGCUACACCAUCGGGCACAGUGUUUCUCUCAUUUCUCUCACCACUGCCAUUGUAAUACUUUGUAUAUCCAGGAAGCUCCACUGCACGCGGAACUACAUCCACAUGCACCUGUUUGUGUCCUUCAUUCUGAAAGCCAUCGCAGUCUUCGUCAAAGAUGCGGUGCUCUACGAUGUUUUUCAAGAGUCUGACAACUGCUCCACUGACUCUGUUGGCUGCAAAGCUGUGAUUGUCUUUUUCCAGUAUUGCAUUAUGGCAAGCUUCUUCUGGCUGCUAGUGGAAGGUCUGUAUCUUCAUGCUCUAUUGGCCGUCUCCUUCUUCUCAGAGAGGAAGUACUUCUGGUGGUACAUUCUGAUUGGUUGGGGAGGCCCAACGAUUUUCAUCAUGGCUUGGAGCUUUGCCAAGGCUUACUUCAAUGACGUCGGAUGCUGGGAUAUAAUUGAAAAUUCUGACCUAUUCUGGUGGAUUAUUAAAACCCCAAUAUUAGCUUCAAUUCUGAUGAACUUUAUCCUCUUCAUUUGUAUCAUUCGGAUACUGCGGCAGAAGAUCAACUGUCCUGACAUUGGGAGAAAUGAAUCAAACCAAUAUUCGAGGCUGGCAAAAUCCACACUUUUGUUGAUUCCACUCUUUGGGAUAAACUUCAUCAUAUUCGCUUUCAUUCCUGAGAACAUAAAAACUGAGCUAAGGCUUGUGUUUGACCUCAUUCUUGGGUCAUUUCAGGGUUUUGUGGUUGCUGUACUCUACUGUUUCAUGAAUGGAGAGGGUUUUGUGGUUGCUGUACUCUACUGUUUCAUGAAUGGAGAGGAGGAGGCACCGCAGAGAACAGAGAGUGCGUGGUUUAGAGGAGAGAAUUUUUCCACUUAUGACGAGAAGAAUCUGUUUUUCUCAUUGAGAUGGACUUGCAGCCAGAUCACGGCCUGUGAAGUCCCGGAAAGCGACUCGAACUGGGUCAGCGCCACAUAA